AGCGGCCCCGGCCUGCAGCCGACGCGGCGGGGCGCGGAGCCCGACGCGGCCCUGCCCGGCUGCGGCUCAGCCCUAAUCGGCCCCUGGCGCCCAGCAGGCAUGGGCUGCUUCUGCGCCGUCCCGGAGGAAUUCUACUGCGAAGUUUUGUUCCUGGACGAGUCCAAGCUGACCCUCACCACGCAGCAGCAGGGCAUCAAGAAGUCAACGAAAGGGUCGGUUGUCCUGGGCUACGUAUUUCGUCACUUAAACCUAGUGGAGAUAGAUUACUUUGGACUGCGCUACUGUGACCGAAAUCAUCAAACGUACUGGCUGGAUCCUGCAAAGACCCUUGCUGAGCAUAAGGAGUUGAUAAACACUGGACCACCGUACACUCUGUAUUUUGGCAUUAAAUUCUAUGCAGAGGACCCAUGUAAACUUAAAGAAGAAAUAACAAGGUAUCAGUUUUUCUUGCAAGUCAAGCAAGACAUCUUACAGGGCCGCUUGCCUUGUCCAGUCAACACUGCUGCACAGCUGGGAGCAUAUGUAAUUCAGUCUGAGCUGGGUGACUAUGACCCAUACAAGCACACAGCAGGUUACGUCUCAGAGUACCGCUUUGUUCCAGACCAGAAAGAAGAGCUGGAAGAUGCCAUAGAACGAAUACACAAAACUCUGAUGGGUCAGGUUCCUGCUGAGGCAGAAGCAAACUACUUAGAGGUGGCCAAAUCCCUGGAAAUGUAUGGAGUGGAUCUCCAUCCCGUUUAUGGUGAAAACAAAUCUGAAUAUUUUUUAGGAUUAACACCCAUAGGAGUUGUAGUCUACAAGAAUAAAAAGCAAGUAGGAAAAUAUUUCUGGCCUAGAAUCACAAAAGUUCACUUCAAGGAAACACAGUUUGAACUUAGAGUCCUGGGAAAAGAUUGCAAUGAAACUUCCUUCUUUUUUGAGGCACGUGACAAGAUCACAUGCAAACAUCUCUGGAAGAGCUGUGUAGAACAUCAUACAUUUUUUAGAAUGCCAGAGAAUGAAUCAAACUCUCUGUCAAGAAAAUUCAGCAAGUUUGGAUCCAUAGGUUAUAAACAUCGAUACAGUGGCAGGAUGUCUUUUCAAAUGACCAGAGACCCUUCUAUUCAGCUCCCGCGGCCUGACCAGUGCAUUGAAAGAAGUCGUAGUAAGACAUACCCAAAAAGAACGCAACAGACAGGAUCUAGCGGCAUAAACCAGAUCACAACAAUUGGGGAUAAUGAAGGAACUACGAAAAUUAUUGCACCUUCCCCAGUGAAAAGCUUUAAAAAGAUGAAAAAUGAGAACAGUCCAGAAACCCAAAGAAGUAAAGUAAGUGCACCGUGGGAGGAAAAUGGCCAGCAGAGUGGGCUGUAUAAUUCCCCCAGUGACCGCAAUAAAUCACCAAAGUUUCCUUAUUCUCGGAGACGGAACCCAUCAGGUGGCAGUGAGAAUGAGUGCGGGCAGCCAGUCCGGAGAAGGAAAACCCAAAACAGUGGUGAAGAUUCAGAUUUAAAGCACAGGAGAAGAUCACGUUCUCGUUGUAACACCAGCAGUGGUAGUGAAUCCGAAAAUUCCAACAGAGAGCAUCGAAAGAAGAGAAACAGAUUACGGCAAGAAAAUGACAUGGUUGACUCAGCCCCUCAGUGGGAAGCUGUGCUGCGGCGACAGAAAGAAAAAACCCAGGCAGAUCCAAACUACCGGCGAUCCAGGCACAGAUCUCGAUCGAGAAGCCCAGAUGUACAAGCUAAAGAAGAACUCUGGAAACAUAUUCAGAAGGAACUUGUGGAUCCAUCUGGCCUGUCUGAGGAGCAAUUGAAAGAAAUACCAUACACGAAAAUAGAGACUCAAGGCGACCCAAUACGCAUUAGGCAUUCACAUUCACCUCGAAGUUACCGUCAGUAUCGGCGGUCCCAGUGCUCUGAUGGGGAAAGAUCUGUUCUGUCUGAAGUGAAUGCGAAAAAUGAUCUGGUGCCUCCGCUGCCUGUUACACGAUCCUCAGAUGUUAAAGGUCCCAGCAUCCAAUUUACUCAACAGAGACGGAAUGGGUCUAAAGACAGCCUUUUAGAAGAAAAGUCUCAGCUAUCUACUAACGUCGAUAUUAAAACCACCACUAAAACGAUAAAAACUGUACCGGUGUCACGCUUCAAGGUAGAGACUUGACUGCUGCACUGGAAGAUGUUCUUUGGAAGGCAAGAAUGUGUGUGUGUGUGUGUGUGUGUGUGUGUGUGUGUGUGUGUGUGUGUGUUUGUGCGUGCAAGGGAAGGAACUGAAGUUGCAGCAGUGGCAGUUUCUACAGGACAUUCAGAAACACAGCCUGCUUGCUGGGAAGGCCAAGCAGUGCCUUUAUCACCUGGACCAUUCUCGGAGCGUGACUGAAGAGAAGCUGAUGAGUGAGACAACCAGAAAAUCCUCAUAAAACAGAAUGAUCAGCAAUUACAUUUACGAAAAAAAAUAGCUGCAGAAAAACAUGCUUUACGGUCUCCUCUGUAACUGAAUAGCCUCUUUCCAAAAAAUGACUGUUAACUAACAUGAUCACGACCAGAUGCUUCAAGAGGAGCAAAAUAAGUCAUGUUUUUGGCCAGUUGUGCAAUACAGUGUGAUUUGGGAAGAAUCAUCUUUACGGUUCCAUUUGGUGAUCAACUUGUGCCCUGAUACAUAAGGACUGCUAACUCUUACACAGUUCAUAGCACAACAAGAGAUGCUGAUGUUUUUAAUACUGCUCUCAACAGAAUCCAUUUUUUUAGCUCAGAAAUGAUUGAUUCAGUAAAGCCCUGUAGCAAAGAGUUCCACGAAUUGUACAGACUUACACUCACUCAGCAAUUUUAAGUGUUCUGGAUGGUGAAUGUCCUUAUGUCCUUCUGUGUAGAGGGCCUGUUUAACUGAACAUUCCAUACCAUAAAAAUACGUCUUAUCAUUUUAUGGUAAACCAUACUGGAAAGAAUAGGGGAUAUGUACUUACCUAUUGUAUUGUUUAGUGAUGCACUUAAGUAAUGAUUAAAUAAAACUGGUAGAAUAGGAUAUAAGAGAGCUAGGAAAUAGCUCUCUUUUUUUUUUUUAAUGACUAGACUAGCAAAGCCUGCCUUAAUCUCUUUUAAUAUGAAAUAAUCAAUGCUGAUACCUUCUGUUACUCCUCUCUGAGCCAUUUCUAUGAUGAUGAAAUGAAAAAGGCAGUAUUUCAGGUAUGAUAGUUGCAACUUUUUUCCUCUUGUCAGGGUAGGCAGAAUAAUUGUUAAUUAUGCUGCAGACUGAGCACAUUAUCUUACACUGUAGAUCUGAAGUGAUGCCUAGCUCUUCUCAUGUCUUGUCACUUUGUACAAAAUGCAGAAGCCAUUCCUCUGCCACCCAUUUGUCCACAGCUGGGGAAGCCUGGGCUUGCUAAUUGUGAAACUUAGCAAAACAUUUUUUUACGCUUGUCCACUAUAAAGUCAACCUGCUAGUUUUAGUGAUUCACAGUGACCCUGUCUUCUGGUGCUUAAGCACUUGCUCAGAUCACUUUGUAAGACUGCUAGAAAGUGCCCCAAACUGUCAAGUGGUUUUUGUCAAUCAUUGUUCCAAUUUAAAGUGACCCUUUUAUGACUUUGAUAAGCAUUCUUACAAGUGCUGUUAUAAAAAGCAAAAGCAAAAACAAACAAAAAAACAAAAGAACAAAACAAAACAAACAAAAAAGAAAACCUAGCACUGUGCAGAGAUUCUGGUGAGGUCAUCACAAUCUUUUGCAAGACUGCAAGACUACUGAAAUACAACAAACCACACAAGAACUAGUUACAGUCUCUUGUAGUCAAAGCCACUCAUUUGUUCAAGUAAAUGUUCCAAGCUGGAAGAUUGUACACUUUGUAGUUUGUUGCUUUCUAAAUCAUUGCUGUCAUUCUGGAUUCCUUACUCAGGCACAGGCAAGUAGAACACAUGUGCUUCUUCAGGAGUAUUUGUAUUGCUGUUGUGCAUUAUCUGUCCACAGUGUCUGUAUCUUGCCAAUUUUCAAAUAUUAUUGAUCAGGAAGAAAACUGCUUCUAAUUCUAAUUCUUUACAUCCAACCUAAUGUUUCCUGUUUGUUGUCAUCUGCCUGGGAGCUUUUGUGUAUUGUUGGUGGGUACCAUCAGCCAGAUUUGUGGCAUAUUAUUUACCCCACUGCAUGAGAAAAUAGGCUUGUACCUAGUCUGCUAUUGGUAGAUUUUAAUUCUCAGUUCACGGCUGUUCUCUAGCCAAGCCAAAUUGUUUGCAUUUAAGUGAGAAACUUGCAGUGUCUUGGAUUUUAGUUAGCUGCAUUCCCGAUGAUAUUAUUUAGGAAGCCGGAUUUUAGCACAUCUGAUUAUCAGUCUGGAGAACUACUAUAUUUUUUUCUUAGCACAAGGGAGCCCAAACUUAGCACGUGUAUUACAUGUUAGUAUCGGUGGUGAAACAAACCAAAACGUGGACAUGACUGCCAGCUAAUGAAACAGAGUAAGCAAGUUAUUCCAUAAACACGCACUUCCUUUCCCUUCAAGCUUUUUUUCUUUAGUCAUUUGAGGAGAGGCACCUUUUCCUGGGAGGUUCUGUGUCAGAAACCUACAAGAAAUUGGUCAUGAAAAGCAUUUUUUUGGCACAGCUCUAGUAGCCCUGCAGCUCUGUAGCCCUAAAAUAAGGAUACAUCUCCCACUUACAGCUCUGAGCUACACCUAUACUGUCCACAGUCACUGCCUUCCCUAGCUUCCUGGGCCUGCACUCCCUAGAGGCAGUUGUGUUCUCAGACCUGGAGUUUGGAAGUACUUGCACAAGACAGGAAUCAAGCAAGGUCUACACUGAGGCUGGAUGUCAUACAGACCUGUCAUAAAAUGGACAAAUAACUGAUACAAAUCUGAAACAUGGUUAGCUUAACUGUGCUUCUAGUCUGCUGAAGUGACCUUUGGCCAACAAUUUCAACUUUGUGCCUCUUUGUUUUCCUGAGACUUCUGUAAACGCUCUGAAUAAGCAAUCUGCAGGACUUACUAGCUACACCAACAAUAUAGAUAUAUCUCUUUGUAAAACACAUUUUAAAUGACAAAAAGGGUUUGCUAUCUGUACCACAAAACUUGCAAAAAUUUUGGCACAGCCUAGAUUGGUCCCCCUGCUUGUUGGCUGAUUCCUUUUGUUGGCAGCUAGCCUUGACCUGCUGUUUUCUACACUGCACUUCUUAUCAAUGACCCUAACAUUACAACUCAUAUUCUAAAAAAGCUCAUUGUAUUGAAGACGUUGGUUAAGAAAAAUCAUUGCAAGUUGCCAAAUCAGUCAUCUUUAUACAGGUGAAUAGUGGACUGAAUAAAUAGCAAAUUUUCUUUUGGGAAAGCCUGUUUAAUUCAAAGCUCUCUAGAAAGAUGUUUUAAAAUAACAUGCAAAAACAUAUCAAUGAUGUGAUUCAUGCGCUCUGUGUACAUUAAGUAUUCAUGAAGCAACUGUGUGCUUUAUUUUAAACUGAAUUUGAUUGAUGGCUGUGUCGAUAAUUGUGACCAGGUUAUUUAAAAAAGUCAAGUAAAACUUGAAUUUUUAGGGCA